CCACUAAUUCGACCACUGGCUUGACCGGAACUGCGGUCCCAUUAUGUCGGAAGGGCCCAAUUGGACCACUGCGGGGUUUUAAAGUGUACAGAGAGUGUGCGCCACGAUAACAAAGUGGGGUGGAAUGUACGCUCACUUGGAUAGAGCGGUGUCACGUGUGGUGAGCCGAAGAGAAUGCUCGGUGAAUUUGCGUAUGAACUUUAUUAUUAUACACACAGUGUGACUACCGCGAGUACGGUCCGUGUCAGCUGUGGUAGUGCGUUCUCUAUACCCCAGCGGUGAUCUCCAUAGUGCUCGGUAUUACGAAUAGGAAGUACAGUAUUCUUUCACGGCUGGGAAUUCGGCCCAUCCGAACUCCGAGGGACAUUUGGAGGCGAGUUGCCGUGGAUGUAGCUGGGGGGUGGGGAAUAGGACCGGGGAGGGAAAUCCAGUAGCCCCCAGCCCGUUGUGUGAGGUUUGUGGAAGACAACGGGUGGACUUCAGCGGCGUCAGGGGGGAAAAUAGCGUGCUGGAGGCAUCGCGUCAGUGUCAGCCGCGCGGGAUAAUAAUAUUGUCGACAUCCAAACGGCAUGGCUUCAAGUGCAGGACUGGACAAGAGAUGGCUUGACGCGCGUACAAGUGGAAAUGAACAUCGCGCACUUAUUUCGUAGAGUUCGGCAAGCAAAGAAUAUCGCGUAGUAUGCUUGAUGGUACGGGAGACGAGGUGGCAGCGGCAGCAUCGGCGGGAACCCCGGGCUCCAGGGCGUCUCCAACGGCCGAGGAGGGCAAGCUGUGCUGCGGACGGUGCAAGUGGUUCGACGUCUCCAAAGGGUACGGAUUUAUCACGCCUGAUGACAAGAGCGGAGAUGUCUUCGUCUACCAGUCAAGCAUCCAGAUGAGCGGUUUUCGGAGUCUGGAUUUGAACGAAGAGGUCGAGUUCGUCUUUAAGAUUUCGGAUAAAGGCCGAGAGGCGGUGUCAGUGACCGGGCCGGGGUGCGUGGACUGUAAAGGGAGCAAGCGGAGAGGGAGGGGUAGUCGAAGAAGAGACGACAGAUGCUACAAUUGUAAUGAGCGGGGUCACCACGCCAAGAACUGUCCAGAACCUCCUUUGCCCAAGCGUUGUCACCACUGUAAGUCCGAAGACCACCUAGUGGCCGACUGCCCCGACAAACCCGCCCCGAGUUCUCAGGGAAACGGCGCGAAACCCACCGACGUCAACGGAGACAGCACGGGUGAACCACGUACCUCAGCAACGACAUCAGCAGCGGCGACAUCUUCAGACAGCGGCGGCACGAGCUAGUAGAACAGCGCCCUCUGUUGGUAGGACUAAGAGAUACGUUUUUGAUGCCUAAAAUAGAAAAAGGAAAAACUCAGGUUGACUUUCAAAAGGGUGCAUUUUUUUAUUUUUAAAAGAACCGAUUUUCUUAAAUAUCCUUUUUUAAAGAGGGUAAAUGGUGUUUGGACGAAUUAAUGUUGCGAUGACCUAACUAUGGGGGUUGACAAGACAGACAUUUGACGGGAGGAAUUCAUUCUAGAAACGAAGGGGCUUAAACAAGUGAAAUUUACAAAUGAUUGCUCAAGCUGCCGCACAGAACUUUCUGUUCUUUUAUAAAAUGUCCGUUUUUUAAGAUACGGGUGUGUUAUGCACUAUCUUAGUCAUAUGUAGUAGCAUUGAAAAACUUACUAACCUUUAAUAAGAAAACUAGUGUAGAUGUUACCCACAUUUAUCAUUUCCUUCAUUUCCCGACUGCCGCCUCAAAAGUAAAAGGUAUAUUUUCAGUCAAGGUAUUUAGCCACGUGGACCGAAAUUUUAUUCAUUUCAUUCACUGGCUGUGAUUGUACAAACUAAUCUGCUAAUUUGAUUUAAAUUUUGUAAGGCAAAAACAGUAUUACGUUGGUUACUGUGGACCAUUUGGUAUAGGCCUAUUUAAGUUUCGACCGUGGACAAAGAACACGUCUUUGUUGUGAAGGACAACAGUCCCUGCCAGUUCCUGGCCUUGUAAUAUCGCCCUCUAUCGUCACGUAUCUUUAAGUGGAAUGAGUCACUUCUUCUGUUCUCAUUGUGCAGUACAACUAUACGACAAACCACUUCUGCGACACCUCUGGGGGAUGCUCACGUAUAACUUUUGUUGGGACAUUUCUCAUUUUUCACAACAGUCCAGUCACUGGGUCCCCAUUGGAAGAUUGCUUUUAGAAUUUCAAUAAAGGAGGUGGUUAAGGGAAGUUGACCGAGUGAAUUCAAAAUGGAUCUAGAACGUCGUUCGGCAUUCAAACAACAUCGUUCGUUUUCAUCUUUUACUUUUUCCCCACCUUUUUCUUGAACUUCCAAAUGUAAAAAAUGGGCACGCAGAGUUUUCAGUGUACACCUGAUUGCUGUAAAUUUUGUAGUUGCAUUCCGAUGUGAAGGAAUGAUGUUUUUAAUCUCAUUUCUACAAAUUCCAUGCUAGUCUUAUAAUUUUUUAAAAACAGAUCUUUAGUCGUUUUAAUGUUAUUUCAAUUUUCCAUGUAAACAUCUUUUGUGGACAAAUCUGCACGAUGCUGUGGAGCUUUUCAGGAAGAAAAGUUUGCAGUUUGUAGUUAGAAUUUAAAAAUUUGUUUUUUCAACGUUUAUUGAGCGUUUUAUAAGUCCUUUUUUUGUUUUUUGGUUUGGCCAAAUCACGGAUCUGGUAUAUUGUUGGUUGUUUUUCAUUGCAUUACUCGGUGUACUUCAUUCAGGAAUACCUCUGAAGUUUGCAUACAAGAUAAAAGUCUGGAAUACUAUUUGCUGCCUUUUAGUUUCUUCAAACCAAAACUGAUGCCAGUGAGAAAUGAUCGGUAUUAUAUGUGCCGUACUGUAAAGACAGUUUUGCAUGUUGAACGUGUAAACUGCAGGACUUUGAAAGUAAUUUUUUUAGAGUUUAGCUUUUCUUCAGUUUUACGAAGAAACAUUAUUGGAUUCACUUGUUGAAGUUUGAGCCAACGUUGAAAUAGUUAUGUCGCAGCUUUUGUAUUCUUUUUUUUCUUCUUGUUAAAGCUGUUUUCAGGUCUGAAAAUAUAAUGUAUGCUUAUUUGCUGCAUAGACAUAAUGCCAAAGUGCCUGAAUCUAUGUCACUAGCCAAUCGUUCUUCGUAAGUGACAUAAGCUAAAAUUGGCCGUUUGCCGUUUGCAUUAAUUUUCUUUGGACAGCAGAAAACUACGAAGUUCUGGUGACAAUUUGAAAAGUAGCCAUUCCCUUUUGAAUACUGGUCUUUCGUAUAGGUGUAAAGAAAAUCGAAAAAUCGUUAAUAGUUUCCUGAAGAUUAAUUUCGUUGAAGUCACAGUUAUUUGCUUAGCAUUCUUGGGGACUUUUUUUUUGAAAAUGAGAAAUCUCUCGCGGAACGGAAUGAGUGAGGUCAUGUACCAGGAAAAAAAUUAAAGCCGGAUUUUUGUAUUUUUUAUACUUUUAAACACCAGAAGAAUUUUUGUCUACAAUGAUCUCAGGGUUUUAUAUAUAUUUUAAGAAAAGAAACUAAAUUCGAGGGAUCGCUCAGGGAACGUGUACGUCUUUUUUGCAUUGAAACUAGUUUGUAGUUGUAUGGACGGCUGGAAUUGCGGUUACCAAUUCCAGCUCUAUUUUAGCCCACCAGUCGUGACGUUGAAGGUUAGAAUCUUUGUUUCCAUUUAAGACGAGCUUGUGGCGGAAAGAAGUCCUAGGUAUAGACGAUUCAAGCCACGUUUCACUGGACAUUCUUGACGGCGCCAUUAAUGGCAGUAUGCAUUGUGUUGGGUCCCCGAACAGUGGCUCCGUACAAUAAUAUCACAGUGUGCACCGCCAUUGGCGGGGGCCACGGCAGAUGACCAGUGAUUACGUCACCAUGGUCAGUGGAUUCGUCUAUAUGAAUCAGAACAGUAAACCCCCCCCCUUUUGCCGUUCAUUGUUUUACAACCAUCUAUUUAUGUACAAAUGCACAAACUGUAUAUCUGCAUUGAUCAUGCUUUUUAAAUUCGCUGCAUCGCUUUCGCAUUUCCACUUUUAUAGUUUCCGGAUAUUGGCUACUUUUAAUGGAAGUUUCAAAAGCUAGGACCUGUUGGACAUAAUAUAAAAGACACACCUUAUGAUUUCUGCACGUAUUGGUGAGUGUUCCUCGAAAGUACUUUGAUAAUUCACAGAUCAAAGUUAAAAGGAAGAACAUUUUCCGUCGAGUAAGUUAAGUUCUGUUGAGUGUUAUUAAGAAUUCUUGUAACAUGCAUUCAAUUAAAGGAUUUAAAAAAUAUUUAUUUCUGGGCGAACGAAUACUUGUUGAACAUGAAUGUGCUAAAGUGAACAUUGUGUGCCUUAUCUGCUUCAUGGUUGACCUCUCUAUCGUGAUUGGAUUACUCUUUCAAGUCCUCAUAUCGUGGACCAAUCAGAAUGCGGCAUUUCCUGUUGUGGCUUUAAAGAGUAACUGCUGUCUUUGGUUAUGUGAACGGGUCAAGUCGUACUGGAGAAUUUUUCUGCACGGUUUGAUCGUUGUUUUCCACCUUAAAACCUGCCCGACCUCAUUGUAAAGACACGUCCUUGCGUGGGAGAAAUACUUGCAACCAAACGAACCUCCUUCAAUUUGUACAUUUAGAGAACAUGGACAAUCUGAUUGCUUUAACACAAAAAGUUGUUGGGACAUAAGAACUUAAAACCAUGAAAGUAUCUCGUCUUCAAACGGUAGAAGACCGUUGAGACAUUUAGACGAAAACGUAAGUGCGCUGACGUGUAAUCAGCCUUUUUUGUGAUGUAACCAUUACGUUUUUGUCCGUUCUUGAAUGUAGCUUUAGUAAUGUUAGUAUUCAAGAAGGAAAACGAUAGUUUGUGGGAAAUAAUGUAGGUUCAGCCAGAAACAAUGAUCUGUUUUUAUAAAUAAUCGUGCCUGUUAAUUUUUAACGUGUCCCUAUUAAAAAAAUAUGUUGACGAAAAUCA